AUGAACCGAGUGCUGGCAUCGCAGCAAAUCACAUGCCCAUUCAUGAUCGUGUCGCUUCUGGUGCUUUUCUGCCACUACGGCUUCUCGUCGAUCCUGAUCUCUCGCUUUGGCCCACUGGGAGCUGCACUCGCAACUUCAUGCAGUGGUUUUAUGACGCUGGUCUUUGGAGUAGCGGCUGUUUGGUUGGUGGGGGCAGGCCCGACCAUUUGGGGAGGAAGCUGCACGCCAGAAGGCAUGAAGCAAGCUGGAGCCAGCUGGGGUUCCAUUGCUUCCUUGGCAUAUCCUUCUGCAGCCAUGAGGAUGCUUGAGUCGUCAGGUUUUUCUGGGAUUGUCACAACCAGUGCGCUGCUGCCGUUGGCCAAAAUCGAGGUGGACGUCAUGAGCUUGUCGCUGAAUAUCUAUGGAUGUCUUUUCACAUUGUUUCCGGCCAUUUCGAUCUGUGCCGACACACGUGUUGGCAAUGCUGUUGGAAAAGGCACACCUUCAGCGGCAAAACUCGCUAUGUACGUGGCCACUGCGUUGACGCUUCCUGCUGCCACCGCGGUCUCACUGGUUUUCGUCAUUCCUCAGUGCCGCACGCUGAUCGACCAGAUGGUUCGCGUCAACGCUCUGGAUCCCAGGGUCGCUCAGGGCCUGAACACAGUGUACCUGAUCUUCAUUUGCGGAUUCUAUUACAUUGAUGGCCUCCAAACCGCACUUUCGGGCUCCAUCCGUGGCACUGGACAACAACAGAAAGGUGCUCGAAUCUGUGUCUUGGCCUAUUGGAUCCUGGGCAUUCCAGCAGCACUGAUCUUGGGAUUUGCCUGCGGACUGAAGAGCACUGGCCUGUGGCUCGGAAUGUUGGUCGGACCUACGGUGCAACUCAUCUUCUACGCAAGGCUUUUGCUGAAGAUGAACUGGGAUGAAGUUGCAGGCAGUUGUCAGCAGCGCCUGCGGCGAGACGAGAGCAGGGAUGAGUUUAUUGGAGCCUGA